AUGGACACACUCACUCGCGAAGAAACUUUGAAAGUAUUGUCGGAAUUGGGUAUAGACCUUCCGCCCGCCAGCAAGCUUCCAGGCGAUGCGUUGGAGAAACGACUCCGACAGGCUUUGAAUGCAGCCCAAUAUGUACCCAGGAUCCUUCCGGAUCCUCCAUCAAAUCCAGCGGCUCUUCACCCGUGGCCCGAGAACGGCUCGAUGGGUGGUUCCCGAUCCGUGCAUGAGGCGGUAAAAAGGAACAAUGUGGCCGAAAUCAACACCGUCUUCGAGGCGAGAAAGCGUGGCCAGAACAAUCCCUAUCCCCUAUAUGAAAGCGCUAUCAUGGACGUGCGCCAGACCCUUAUGUCGAUAGGAAAGUACUGGGACGAGGGCGUUCGAUGGUGCGUCAUCCAAGACCCGGAAUGCGAGAUCUCCGCGAUCAACGUGAAGCUGCUGUCGGUGCAUGAACUGAACGCCAAGACGCCCGUGAUAGCGGUCUUGUAUCAAAACUUCGCUGAAGGCGACAACCCGCUACUCGGGAUACAAUGGUGCCAGGCACAGGUCGACAAGUACGGCCCCCCAGCCUAUUGCAUCACAGCGACCAUCCUAGAACAGAAAAUUCUGCUCAAAUUGCAGGACUUCGAGGACGACUAUAAAGUUUCGUUCCCAUUGCCCGUCGGGCCGCUCGGAUACGAGGACAUCGCCAAGCUGAACUCCGACACGGGCUGUGCCCUAUGUGGCAAGAAGUCCUCCAGCCGCUGCUCGCAAUGCCAAACGGUCUCGUACUGCGGACAAGAUUGCCAACGGGCCGAUUGGCCUCAUCAUAAGCGGACAUGCCGUUCGCUCAGGGGCGGCGUCUGGCGCACAGUUCCUUUCGCGAAUGUCGUUCCUGGGCCAAUGGGCAAGUACAGCGUGCUGGUCAAUCAUUACACGCCCCUCACGGACUUGAAUGACAUAAAAUCACCAAACCCGGACGAGCCACAACUCAACAUCCACGGCGACAAGCUCUUCCUUGUCAAGCUGCAGAACCAGCAGAGCUCCGGUCCAAUGGCUUCAGAGACAAUCCUGAUCUAUGACCGGAGGCAGUCGCUUGUCGCCUAUUUCGUCAAGGGCAAGGCAUCAGAGGUGUACGACGAGAUUAGGAAAGAGAUACAGGGCCCGCGGGGAGGAUAUCAGGGUCUCAAGACGUAUCGGUGGGCAAAACGGGUCGGUGAUUGGGAGUUGAGUAUCUGCCUGGACAGAGAGCCCCAGACAGAGAUCCGGUGGUGA